AAUGAAUUAAAGAACGCCUGCUUUCGUUAAAACCCCCAGAUAUGGUAGUCCCGUCUGAAUUGGGUAUCGAUGACCGUAUUUCCUCGUUGGCGUCGCCGCUUCUGCCUCCAUCAGAACACCCUACAUGGGAGGCGGCGGCGGCGGCACCCCGAUCCGACGAGGAGAAACUCUGCAUAGAUGACAUGUUGCAAAAGUACUGCGGCGAGUUCGGGUUUUGGCAGCUGAGGCAUUUCGUCUUGACGAGCUUCGGUUGGGCGCUGGAAGCGUUCCACGCCAUGGUCAUGAUCUUCGCCGACCGGGAACCGGAUUGGAGGUGCGUGAAUGGGUCGGGUUCUGGGUGCGAUGACACAGCGAAGACCAUGUGCGGGCUCCAACCCGGUUCUUGGGAAUGGGUUAGUGGUCCAGGGAGCUCCACCGUGUCGCAGUGGGGGUUGGUCUGUUCAGAGAAGUACAAGAUUGGCCUGGUUCAGGCCUUGUUUUUUGGUGGCUGUAUGAUAGGUGCAGGGAUAUUUGGUCAUCUCUCAGACUCAAAACUGGGAAGAAAAGGUUCCUUAACAGUGGUCUGCAUCUUAAACGCCAUCUUUGGUUGUCUUACAGCAUUUGCCCCAGACUACUUCACAUAUCUCCUACUUCGCCUCCUGACUGGCUUUAGCACAGGAGGAGUUGGCCUCUGUGCCUUUGUCCUUGCCACUGAACCCGUAGGCCCAACAAAGCGUGGAGCUGCUGGCAUGUCCGCAUUCUACUUCUUCUCGACAGGAAUUGCUCUGCUAUCAGGCAUUGCCUACAUUUUCCAUUCAUGGCGUGAUCUUUACAUUGCCUCCUCCAUUCCAUCCUUCCUUUUCCUUGUCCUUGUCAUCCCUUUCAUCUCCGAGUCCCCACGAUGGUAUCUCGUUCGUGGGAAAAUGGACAGCGCCAUGAAAAUCAUGCGUACCAUUGCUAAGGUCAACGGACGUCACGUUCCCGACAGUGUUAUCCUUGGCCUGGAUGAGGAGGCAAAUAACUCGUCCAAUGACAACAAUCAAACUUGCAAGGCGGAAACAGCGACAAAAGAAGCAAUUACGGGUUCCAUUGUAGACGUACUUCGCUCACCAAUGACACGUAUUCGUUUGUUUUUAGCUGUGGGGAUAAAUUUCUUGGGCUCUGUUGUCUACUAUGGCAUUAGCUUGAAUGUUGUCAACCUCGAAACAAACCUCUACCUCAGUGUUCUCCUCAACGCAGUCGCUGAAAUGCCAGCGUUCCCCAUCACAGCAGUUCUGUUGGAUAAGUUUGGAAGGAAACCCUUAGCAAUUGGGACACAAUGGUUCAGUGGAAUCUUUUGUUUUGUGGGGUGCCUUGUGGGGAAUGUCGGAGUUUGGAAGGUAGUAAGGAUGGUUUGUGGGGUAUUGGCGAUAUUUGGCAUGGCCGGUACUUAUAACUUGCUGUUUAUCUACACAGCGGAGCUGUUUCCCACGGUGGUGAGAAACGCAGCCCUGGGAUGUGCGACUCAGGCAUCGCAAAUGGGGGCUAUAUUGGCACCAUUUGUGGUGGUUAUAGGUGGUAGCCUUCCCUUUGCAGUGUUUGCGGUAUGUGGGAUUGUUGGAGGGAUACUCGCUUAUUACCUACCAGAGACGCUGAACCGGCCAUUGUAUGACACAAUGACAGGUCUGGAAGAAGGGGAGAGUGUUAAAAUAGGUAUGUUGAAGUAAUGCUGCAGUGAUUUUUCUUUUCUUUUUGUAUGAAAGACUGAAUUUGAAGAAAAUAGUAGAAUAAAUCCUCUCAACUCUCUCAAUUCACGCCAAAGACAUGAUUCUUUCAAUGAGAUUGGAAAGCAUGAAACAAAUGACGCAGUGGAUCAUCUAUUUUGAUUAACUGCUAUGCGAUAAUAAGGAUUAAAUUUUCUUGCUACAUAUUCUUUUUAUGUACAUAAAACACAAAGUCAUAUACACUUACGAACAUAUGAAGCAUUAAAACAUGAACGGCACAGGCGAGAUUGAUGGAAUAAUUGUUUGCACAGAAU